GAAUUAUGGGUAUUAUCACAUCACACGUGCAGAAGAAGCCAUCUUGUUCGGUUUAGUCAUCGUUUUUGUCUUAUCGCUUAAAAAAACAUGGCCGAUAAAGCGGUAGAUUCCAGCGAAGAGGAAGAGCCCACAAUUUCUGAAGAUGUUGUCGUUACAAAGUACAAAAUGGCUGGGGAUAUGGCAAAUCGUGUUCUUGCUAAGGUUAUUGCAAGUGCUGUUGCAAACAGUUCUUCUAGAUCAAUUUGUGAUCUUGGUGAUAAACUGAUACUUGAAGAAACCAAUAAGGUUUAUAAAAAAGAGAAAGAAAUGAAAAAAGGAAUUGCUUUCCCAACAUGUAUYUCUGUCAACAACUGUGUUUGUCACUUUUCUCCUCUUGAAAGUGAACCGGAUAUCACUUUAAAUGAUGGUGAUUUGGUGAAAAUAGAUCUGGGUGUACAUAUUGAUGGAUUUAUUGCUGUAGUUGGACAUACAAUUGUAGUUGGAGCAUCUAAGGAAAACAAAAUUACAGGCCGCAAGGCAGAUGUACUCCAAGCAGCAUAUUUGGCUUCAGAGGUUGCUUACAGAAUGGUCAAACCAGGCACAGAGAACAAUGCUAUCACUGACCUUGUCCAAAAAGUAGCAGAUUCUUUUCAUUGUAAGCCAGUAGAAGGAAUGCUGUCUCAUCAACUAGGAAAAAUGAUUGACUCUGAAUAUGCAAUUGAAGAUGAAAAAAUAAAGGAAAUUCUUGCACAGUCAGCUAGUAGAAAAACUCAAAAGAAGAAGAAAAAGAAGGCUUCAUCAAAGGCAUCAGAUGCCACAGCAGACUCCAAGGAAGAAGCAGAUUAAAAAGCAACUGCAAUACAGUGACCCAGAAAUGAUUGAGAUGACAAGUUGUUGAGCCUAUUAUACAUACCAUACUUGCUCACUUGUUUUUUCCCCUGUUGAAUAUUAUAUCAUCUAGUGAAUCCAUUGACGAACAUGGAUUCUCAAAGAUGUUUUGAAAGAUUGUUAGGUUUUCAAACUUUUUUUUCUCUCGCAAAUUUGAAUGUAGGACUAGGAAUAUUGUUUAUACCCAAACUUAAAAACAAAAAAUGUUUUGAUGUAAGCACACAAUCUUUUGUUUUUCUCCAAUUGUCAGCCAUAAAUGAUUACUGCAUAAAUGAUUACUGCAUAUCAUUUUGUAACUGCUUACAUACUCUUAAUCUUAAGAAAACAUUGAUGCAAACAUGCCCCAUCACAAGGCCAGAACCCCCACUUCUUCCUGCCUAUUGGUGAUCUGACGAAGUUUGGAUAUAAAGUCAAAAUUGAUAUGAAAUGACCAACUGUUGAGAAGAUGAAUAAAAGUACUCUGCUAGCAGGGCAGGUUAGGCCAGGGAAAUAUUUUUUUUUGCUUGAUGCAGUUGAUCUGUAAUAAUAAUCACAACCUGAAGAUCAAUAUUUUUCCAGUCAUUAAGUACAAUGCAAUGUUUCUUUGAUGACAGCAUUCAUAUUUAUGUCCUAUGAAAAGUAGUUUUUGCUCAAAACAAAAUAUUUUUGCAACAUCAAUGCAACCUGUUAACAACUGAAUAUUUGACAAUAAACACUGUUGUCUUCAA